CAUUGUCCACAAAAUGGCUAAUGUUCAUUUAGCCUCUGGGCAAUUAAUUAAGUGAUUUUAUUUUCUGGACAACGGCAAAUUUCUGUUGUUAUCAGAGAGAACGUCGGCAUUAUCCCUUAACCGACUCCGAAUAACCAUUAGAACAAAUAACACAACGAAACCAACUAAUGAAAUUUAGCGGUAUGAAGGUCGCAACACUGCUGCUGGCAGCUUUAGCCGCCCAGUCGCUGGCAGAGCCGAUAAUCUAUCUGAAGGAAGAGUUUGCGGAUGGCGAUGCUUGGGAAAACAGAUGGAUAGAAUCAAAACACAGGUCUGACUAUGGUAAAUUCAUACUGCAUGCUGGAAAAUUCUAUGGUGAUUCUGAGAAGGACAAAGGAAUCCAAACAAGUCAGGAUGCCAAAUUCUAUGCAAGAUCAAUCAAAUUUGAAGAAUUCAACAAUGAAGGACAAACAUUAGUCAUACAAUACACUGUAAAACAUGAACAAAAUAUUGACUGUGGUGGGGGAUAUAUUAAGCUUUUUCCUGCUAAUCUCAACCAAGAAGAUAUGUCUGGAAAUUCUCCUUAUUAUAUAAUGUUUGGUCCCGAUAUUUGUGGACCAGAAAUGAAAAAAGUUCAUGUGAUCUUCAGCUACAGAGGAAAAAACCAUUUGAUUAAAAAAGAUAUUAGAUGCAAGGCCGAUGAGUACACUCAUCUCUACACCCUAAUAGUUCAUUCUAAUAACACGUAUGAAGUGAAGAUUGAUAAUGAAAAAGUUGAAUUUGGGACUUUGGAAGAUGACUGGGACCUACUACCUCCAAAAACAAUAAAGGAUCCAAACGCUAAGAAACCAGAAAACUGGGAUGAUCGGGAGAAGAUUGAUGACCCAGAUGACGUGAAACCAAAAGACUGGGACAAGCCAGAAACCAUUCCAGAUCCUAACGUCAAGAAACCAAUUGACUGGGAUGAAGAGAUGGAUGGAGAAUGGGAGCCUCCUAUGAUUCAUAAUCCAGAAUACAAGGGUGAAUGGAAAUCUCAUCAGAUUAACAACCCCAACUUCAAAGGAAAUUGGGUCCAUCCAGAAAUUGAUAAUCCCGAAUACAAACCAGAUACCAGCAUGUACCAAUACAACAACAUUGGUAUUCUUGGUCUUGAUCUGUGGCAGGUGAAAUCUGGGACAAUCUUUGACAACUUCCUUAUUACAAAUGAUGCAAAAUAUGCCGAGGAAAAUGGUAACCAAACUUGGGGAAUAACUAAGGUUGCUGAGAAGGAAAUGAGACAACAUCAGGAAAAAGAAAUGAAGGCUCAGAAAGAGGAAAAGGCUGACAUGGAGGAAGAGGAAAAAGAGGGAAAAAAUGGAGGCAUGGAGAUGGAUACGCAUAAAUAUGAAUUAUAA